UAGCAAAUGAGAGGCGCAGGAUCGACAACAGUUGGCUUUGACUGGAAAAUUCUCAUGGGUGAAGUUUAUUGUAUAGGAGCUAGAUGGACUACCGCUAACGGAGAGUUAAUCAAAGAGCAGGGAUGUUUAGAUAACAGAACUGGAAUAAAAAGUGAAUUUCAAAAUUCGUAUUCUAUGAUAGAAUAAAUAAAAAAGGAUGACUGCAAAGAUCUUCAUGAGCUAAAAGCUAGAUUGACAUUCCUGAAAGAUGACUUCGAAUCCAUUUGCCAUGUUCAGCCCAGUUGCAAGGAUGAGGACAUUAUAUGAGUCUUGUAAGGGCUCAAAAGAUGAGACUUUCCAAUUUGCUAGAUUCAAAGGUGAAUCCGAAACAGAACUUUCGACGAUACAACAGAAUGGUACUCUUAGUAAACGCUCUAGUGUCGCUGCUGAUGACACGGCCAUUUCAAAUGAAGCGUUCCCUAGUGAUGUUAAAGAAGACCCCGGGGAGGAUGUUCGUUUACAUAAAGACCGCAUUACAGAAUGGCAGGCUGGUUAUAAUGUAACAAAUGCCAUCCAGGGCAUGUUCAUCGUAACCUUUCCAUAUGCAGUCCUGCAAGGAGGAUAUUGGGCUUUAUUUGCGAUGGUAUUUGUGGCGUAUAUAUGCUGCCAUACGGGAAAGAUUCUAGUAGAAUGCCUAUACGAAGAAGACGCAAAUGGAGUAAAGCAGAGAGUUCGUAAUAGCUAUGUCCAAAUCGCGGAGGACGCUUGGGGCAAACGCUUUGGUGCUAGAAUAGUUAAUAUUGCACAGUUUAUAGAGUUAUUAAUGACGUGCAUAUUGUAUGUAUUACUAUGCGGAGAUUUGAUAAUAGGUAGCUUCCCCAAUACAAAACUUAAUUUGAGCAUCUGGAUCUUUCUUAGCAGUCUCCUUUUGUUACCCUGUGCGUUUUUGAAAAAUCUGCGCCACGUAUCGUGGUUGAGUUUCUGGUGCACAGUUGCGCAUAUGUUCAUCAACGCGAUCAUCAUUAUAUUCUGUCUGACCAAAGCCGGUGACUGGCAUUGGUCUGCCGUACAAAUAAAGAUAGACAUUUGGACAUUUCCUAUAUCUCUUGGAAUAGUCGUGUUCAGCUACACAUCCCAAAUCUUCUUGCCUUCUUUGGAGGGAAAUCUAGUGAACAGAAGUAAAUUUAAUUGUAUGAUGCACUGGACACACAUAGCAGCUGCUGCGUUCAAGGCUUUGUUCUCUUGGAUCGGCUUUCUUACAUUUGGAUUUGACACACAAGAAGUGAUUACCAAUAACCUUCCUACACAGACAUUCAAGGCGAUAGUGAAUCUUAUUUUGGUGAUAAAGGCAUUGUUAUCUUACCCACUACCAUAUUACGCUGCCGUUGAGUUAUUAGAGCAAGCAUUCUUUAGAGGGAAACCAGAGACAAGGCUUCCGUCGUGCUUCUCCGGGGACAACUCGUUGAAAUUCUGGGCAAUUAUCUUAAGACUAAUGCUAGUUGGAUUGACAACGCUAUUCGCGAUUGUUAUCCCUCAUUUUUCCAUAUUGAUGGGGCUGAUCGGGAGCUUUACUGGUUGCAUGUUAUCGUUCGUCUGGCCGUGCAUGUUCCACUUAAAACUCAGGCGACAAAAGAUGAGCCGCCUUGCCAUUAUCGGAGACGUCAUUAUUAUACUCCUCGGUGUCAUAUUUGGUCUUGUUGGCAUGUACUACUCCGGAGCAGCACUAAUAAGGGCGUUCCAAGGAGAAUCGGUGAGGCCAUUUCAAGGACAUUUGGCCCUGAACGUCACAAAUCGUGGACCAACUGAUUUCGGCCAACAACCAGAUGUUCUUGUAAAACCUAAGCUGGAAAGUGCUAUUGUAGAACAUUAAAAACUAAAUUAAAACCCAACAUACGCCAAUGCCACAUGCCUCAUGAUAUGCCAUCGAGUCCGAAACGUGCCCCUUCAAGUCCAAAUGUGCCACUUCGAGCCCCAGUCACAGUUUAGAGAAGGCUUUUAACCGCCGCCAUUUUGAUCAAGCAAUGCCUGAAACGUCACAUAAUCAAAAGUUCCAUGAUGCCCCAUCGGUAGGGGCUUGGUGGGAAAAGUCUCAUUGAGCCAUUGGUCCCUCCGUGCAACAUUAGUGUACGAUGGCUUUAAAAGAGCAUGCAGUGUCUGUUAUUCUGAGCUUUUCAUAACACUAACCGAUAUUAAAUAGUUAAUGGGAGGAUUUGUAACUUGCACAAUUAAAGACUUGCAAAAGUCUGAAAAAUUGCAUCUGCAUCAGAUGUGCUUGAAAAGACAGUCUCUUAAUAUCCCCUGUAUGUACAAUAUGGGUUAGGGAUCAACAACUUAAAUUGAAAGCAGUUCAAUAUUUGAUCUUGGUUGUGAAGUUUAUUCACGAUGACUUGAUAUCCCCAAUUGUUAAUCCAAAUAUUGAUAAUGUUAUAAUUUGAGGAAAUGUGAUAUAUCACCCUAUUAGUUAAUAUGGCAGUGAUACAUCUUCAUUAUUUUGUUAGACUGGUAAUAUACCCUAUUGUGCCAAGGCUGAUCGGAGUCAUCACGUCUUUCUCUUGUAUUGUGCAAACAUUGUAACUUAUUAUACAGUAUAUUUUGAAAUUAUAACGAAUUCAAUUAAAUGAAAAAAUGAACACCAUUAUGUAACCUAAUUCUUAUUGAUAACAGCAGCAGUCUGAGAAAUGUCUGCCAGAAUUUCACUCCUCCUUGCGACUAGUCUAUGAGGGUUUUCCUCACUUGUUUGCGUAUUCCAUAGGUACUGUAUAUGUAUACAAUUAAAGUUAGUAAUUUCAUAUGUCUGUGUUGCUAAAUGUAAAAUCAAUCCAAAUCUAUAUUGAUGUUUUCAAAAUAUCUGUGAAAUAUGUUGUAUAGACCAUAAGCCAAGUAUCCAGUAACCAUUGUUUAUAUAUGUAUAUAAUAAAUAAAUAAUACCCU